AUGAUUCAGCAACAAAACCAUCGGUUUGCAUCCGUUCAAUAUUGUAGUCAUUGUAACCGGUUUAGAAUCGGUUUAGUAACAUAUCAACCGGUUUGGAACCGCUGAACACCAUUGUUGGGGUUGAGUUCCUCUCAUUCACUCUCAACCUGCCGUUACUUGAUUAACCCGACAAGGUCAAGGCGGGAAAGUUGUAAAGUAGAUGCGAUCUCUUCUCUGGUGAGAAGAAAGGAGUCGAUGAUGAAUGGAGAGGGAGAAGGGGGUAGUGAAACUCUUCCUGAAUCCGUGUGCUUGAAUGAUGAUAAACUUGAUGGCAAGGGGUUAACCUGUAAAGUUUCAAACCAGCAACUAUCGGAUAGAAAUAACGAUGUAUCACCAGUUUCAUCACGUUACUCAUCAUGUGGAGAAUCAGAGUUUGAUAGAUACUGUAGUGCUAACUCUGCAAUGGGAACACCUAGUUUGUGUGGCUCUGUUGCUACAUUUCAGGACUUCACUGAUUCUGAUUUUGGAUCUGUCAGAAGUCCCAGAGUUGGGGAUGUAGGUAGUCUGGAGAGUUUCAGUUUGGGUGGGAAGUUUGAAAGAAAAUUUGAGAGUUCAAAGGAGAGAAACAAUGGAAAUUUGGAACAAAGGUUGAUGACAAUGGAAAAUGAAAUGCAUUUAUAUGAUGAAAUGGAUGAUCUGCCAGAUGAAGGAGGUGUCCAUAUGUGGAAAGACAACAUUAACUCCAAAAGAAUGCCAAGUACUUCUACUGAUAAAUCUUUAAGUGCAGAAACAACAGAGGAACACAUGGAAAAUGUAGGGGUGGAAGAAGGUUCUGAGUCUUUUAUGGGUGUUGAUCAGGUCAACAAUGUAUUUGAAGGUGGAAGGCACUUGGAUGAAUGUUCUGAAGGGGAAAUCUCGUCUCAUUUAGAACACUCAGAAUCUGAAGGUUCUAUGUAUGGAUAUGGUUCAGAUAAUGAGGAACAAGCUGUUGUGUUGCCUCCUAGAGGUUAUGUCCAUUAUUCACCUGAGAAGAAAAGUAAUAGUGAUGAUACGUUGUUUAUGACAUCAUCAAUAGCAUAUGGUGCAGAUGAUUGGAAUGAUUUCACUCAAGAAACCAUGGAAACCCCUCAAGAUUUAUUUGUCAUAGAUGAAAUUCAAGGACACAACCAAAAUGGAAUUCAAAGUGAAGGACACACCUCAAAAUCCACUUACACACAGAAACAAGAAUAUGUGAAAGACCUUCAUGUGGACAAUGAGAUUGAUGUUUCCUGUGACUCACCAACAUAUUCCAUGACUCAUUCUAUGAGCCAGAUUGAUCUCCUGAAGCAUGAGGAAGAUACAGUAGCCAUUGGUAAACAAGCAGAAGACAUCAAUCAGUUCAAGAUGGAAGAGGUUACUCGAGUCGAAAAGGUCCCUUUGAUGGAUGUGUUGCAUACAAAGCCUGAAGUUACAAAAUCAAGUGAAACAACACACAAUCUUACAUUUGGUGAUGUUUCCUUGAGUUUGACACAAGAUGUUGAAGAUCAUGUUGCUGAAAUCCCCAAAGACCAUAAGCCUUAUUCACUGCCAUCAUUGCCAACUAUUAAUGUGGAGAAAAGACAAAAUGUUACUCCAGCUCCUUUAGAUGUUCCUGAAGAUCUUGAAAUGGCAAGUAAGGUAGAAAGCUAUGAGCUGAAUGAAUUCUAUGAUGAAGUUGUCUACGAAAUGGAAGAGAUCCUACUCGAUUCCGGGGAGUCUCCCGCAGCCAGAUUCAACCGUGGUCGGAAUCAUCAUUCCCAUUCCAAUGUUUCUCUCCCUUCAAGAGACGGUAGCUCAACCGCUUCAACUUCAACUCUCAACAACUCUCCCUCUUUUCUCCAAAAUCCUUACAAAAUCGAUGGAAUCCAAGUAAUCGGCGCAAGUCAAAAAAAGGGUGACGUGUCACUCGGUGAAAGAUUAGUCGGAGUGAAGGAAUACACAGUCUACAAAUUACGCGUAUUUAGCGGGCCCCACCAAUGGGAAGUCGAACGAAGAUACCGUGAUUUUUUCACUCUUUAUCGCCGAUUAAAAACAUCAUUUUCCAACAAAGGAUGGGAACUCCCUUCUCCUUGGUCAACCGUUGACCGGGAAUCAAGAAAAUACUUCGGGAACGUCUCGCCAGGUGUCGUGUCAGAAAGAAGCGUUCUCAUUCAAGAAUGCUUACAAUCGAUUCUGAACUCCAAGUUUUCAUCAAGUCUUCCUACUUCCAUAAUAUGGUUUCUUUCCCCACCAAACAACAGUCCAAUUUCACCUGUUUCUCAUUCACAAAAUCUGGGGCAAUCGAUAUCACUUAUUGUUGAAAUCAGGCCUCAUAAAUCCAUGAGACAGAUGUUGGAAGCACAACACUAUACAUGUGCAGGAUGCCAUAAACACUUUGAUGAUGGAAAAACUAGAUUAUGGGAAUUUGUACAGACACUUGGGUGGGGGAAGCCUCGUGUUUGUGAAUAUAGUGGGCAGGUUUUUUGUUCGAAUUGUCAUUUAAAUGAAACUGCUAUUUUACCUGCGAGAGUUUUGCAUUGGUGGGAUUUUACAGAGUAUCCGGUGUCCCAGCUGGCUAAAUCAUAUCUUGAUUCUACACAUGACAAGCCAAUGCUUUGUGUGAGUGCUGUGAAUCCGUUUUUGUUCUCGAAAGUUCCACCUCUACAACAUGUUAUAAAUGUGAGAAAAAGAAUCGGGCGAAUGUUGCCAUAUGUUCGUUGCCCAUUUCGUAUGUCAAUAUACAAAGGAGUUGGAUCCAGGAGAUAUAUUCUUGAAAGCAGCGACUUUUUUGCUCUCAAAGAUCUUGUUGAUCUUUCCAAAGGGAUAUUUUCAGCAUUACCAGUGAUGGUGGAAACUAUAUCCAAGAAAAUAGUGGAUCAUAUUACGGAUGAGUGUUUGAUAUGUUAUGAUGUGGGUGUCCCUUGUGGUGCUCGACAAGCAUGUGAUGAUCCAUCUUCUCUCAUUUUCCCUUUUCAGGAAGGUGAGGUUGAGAGGUGUAAAUCUUGUGAAUUGGUUUAUCACAAGGCUUGCUUCAAGAAAACGGAUACUUGCCCAUGUGGUGUACAUCUUGGAACAAGGUCCAUAAGGAGCACAAAUGACGUUCCUGCCCCUCCUAACAACUUGGUUCAACAAGAUACGGAAUCAAAGUCUUCAAUUGGAUUCUUGUCAGGGCUGUUAUCCAAGGCCAGUUCUUCAAAAUUUUGGGGGCAUAAAGAGAAUGAUACUGUAAUACCUAUGGGUUCUUUACCCAGCUCUUCCCGCUGAUUGAUUUCUUUGUGAAAUUUUGUUUACUUCUUUUUUUUUACCAAAUAUUUUGAUUCACUGAUUGAACUUAUUAUUUGGGAAACUCUUGUUAUACUUAUACCCCUUAUUUUUUUUUUAUUGUAAGGAUUGGCUUGUAAAUUGUUGGAAAUGAGUGAAAAGUCUUUUUUGUCCCUUGUUAGAUUCGUAUUUGGGUUUGGAAAAGUGUUAAAAGGUCUCAUUUCUGGUAAAAUGGAUGUGUUGGAUACAUCGUACUUUAUUUGUAGGAUGGAUUUGUACGGGC